UAAGGCGAUAUGGAGUGUUGUUUGGACACUGACGUGUGUUGACAGGGACUUUGCCGGUGUGGUCAAUCCUCCACCAGCUGUACGGCUACACUGCCCUGCUGGAAGAAGCUGUCCAGCAAUUGUGCAAAGUUCAACUGACCCAACAUGCUCAAACAAGUUUCUGCUCCUUCUGCACCACUACAAUUCUGGCCUCGAAUCAUAAAGACAGUUUCUGUGGGAGUAACGACCUCAAUGUGUUUUCACCCAUGCAGCAAGAAUCGCUGCAUUCUAUCGUUGCAGCCAUAGACAAGCAAGGGUGGUCGAGAUGUGCAUCUUACACUACCGAGCUCUCUCUACUGCAUAGCAGGAUUGGUGACAAAGCCUUGAAGUUUAUCCUCAGCAAAGCCUCACUCUUCAUUGCUCUGGGCUCUGGGAGGAACUAUGUUCAGAUCACAGGGAAUCAUUCUGGCAUGAGCAAUGGAACAAGUGAUGUGACACCACUGCCCGUCACUGGUGGCCCGGUUCUACAUUACCCACCCACCAGCAAGUGGCCUGUCGUACAGUCUGCAGUGCACAGUGGGAGUCGGCACAUCAGAGGUCGAUCACUGCGUAACAUGAACAGGAGGAGGAGAAGGCUCUACCAGAAAAGGAAACGGGUUGCUGCACGCCUCAGGAGAAGGUGCAGUGGCAGAAAUACUUCAAGUCCAGCUGAAAGGUGGCAGUUGAGGCAUCUCCGGAAAAUCUGGAGCACAGCUCACAAGAAGAAGGACAUUAUGUACUGCUCAUCAUCGCAAGAGUACCUCAGGAAGUCACAUAACCUGAAAACAUUCAAGGCUUCUCGGAGAGGAGCUGUGAAAUUGGUCAAACAUGUUUUCAUUGACAAGUGGAUGUCUCGGGAAUCACAAAAACAGUCAAAAACACGAAUAAGCAGACUUCCAAGAAGAUACCAAUCAGUUGUCCCUUACUUUCAGCUUCUGCUAUCAAACUUCAAGAAGAAAGGCAGGAAGCUUCCAUGCAUUCUUGACAGCUACUUACCACUGGCAAACCAGGAUCCUGAGGAUGAUAUGUACAACAAAUUGUGUAAUCCAACAAAGGUGUCACAGUUUCUGAUCUGCACUCUCAACAUUCUAAUACCACAACAAUUAUGGGGGUCUCUCACUAAGAGGAGAUGUUUCUUUACCCAUAUCCUUACUUCACUUGUACCAAUGUGUACUCCAGAUAAAACACCAUUCUAUGCAGUCCAUCUGGAUGUCACCAACUCUUUUGACUCACUUGCCCCACGACUGGUCUAUACAAUCAUUCAGAAGAAGAUUGUCUGUCAGAAAUCUUAUCUGUUGAGACGCUAUGCAACAGUUAUGAUAUCAAACCAAACAAUCAAGAGAUCGUUCAUGAAAGUUGCAACAACAAGAGAGCUCUGUGAACCGUUUUUGGAGUUUGCCAAAUCCCUAAAUGUCAGAAAUUGCAUUCUCGUUGACAUGGUGUCUUAUCCUGUGAUGGACCGACUAAAGAUCUUAUCUCAACUGAAGAGUCAUCUUUUCCACAACAUUGUGAAGUUUAGGGGCCAGUUUUUCAGACAGCAGAAGGGGGUUCCCCAGGGUUCCUGCAUUUCUUCCAUACUCUGCAGUUUCUAUUAUGACGAGAUGGUCAGAGAUUAUCUUCCAAGAAUCAAUCCUGAAACUGAGCUGCUAAUACACUAUGUUGAUGAUUUCUUUCUGAUGACUCAUGACCCGGAGAAGGCCAAAACCUUUCUUGAAAGAAUUACUGAGUACAACUGCUUUGCUAAUGCUGCAAAGACAAAUACCAAUUUCAAACUGAAUGAGGAUGGGAGUCUUACUCUUGAUGAACACAAAGACUGGAUGGCAUGGUGUGGUGUUCUCAUCAACACAACAAAUCUUGAAGUCCGAUCUAAUUACACUAGAUAUGCCAGCAAGAUUGUAAUGCCGUGCAGUGUUGCAUGUCCGCAAGGAUGGAAUAUAUUUGAACAGUGCUAUGUGAACAGGCACUGUGUGCCAUGCAAAUGUGACAUAUUUUGUGAACUCAGAGAUAAGAGAUCACCUGAGCAUCAUUACCCACCCGAGACCAUUGCUCAACCUCCACCAGCUGAUGAGAAGAGCUUGGUGCUGAAAUGCCAGCCAUUAUUCCUUGAUUGUCAGGUGCAAUCAGAGAAGACAGUUCUCUGCAAUGUCUACCAGGUGUUCCUGCUGCUGGCAGUCAAGACACACACUGCCCUCAGGACACUGCAGCUCCGAGGGUUGAGACUGAGGAAAUACACCAAGUUCCUGCACUGUCUUAUUCUGCAGAGUGCCAGAUACUUCCACAGCAGGGCAAGGGCCAAGUGCAGAGAGGUAAGGACUACAAAUGUAUGGAGAACUGAACUGAAGGAAAUCUUGAGCACAGAAUCAGUCAAAGGAUGCUUCCACAUCCUUCAUAGUCCCACUUGAACUCUGCACCUGGCUCUGUUGCCAUGCCUACCGGAGAGAGUGCUCCAGAGUAAGGACCCCAGAGGCUACCAACUCCUUGUCAAGACACUCUCUUCGCAAACCUGCACUCUCUCCGACACUAUGGGGUUGCAAUUGAUGAAAAGAUGUCUAAAGGCUACCACUGCUUCAGGUUGCCAGCCCAUCAUGAGACUCAAAUGUUAAAACUAUAAACCAAUCACCCUUCACUAUACUGCCACUUGCGUACUGUUUCAAAUAAUA